GGUCGCCGACGAGCAGACGGCCGACAAGGUGCAGCUCGGGCGCGACAUCGGCGCAGCUCUCCGCCGCCGCGCGGCGCCCACCCUGGGCGCGGCCAUCCGCGACCCCGACGCUUCCGACACCGCCCGCAGCAAGCGGGCAAGGGCCAUCGUGGCGCUGAUUGCUGCGUGGGUCCCCACCCUGUGCGCCGGCCAAGCUGUCGGCGUCUUCUUCGGCUCCAACGCCGCAGCUGAUCGAUCUCUCUUAACCCUCGCCUCGGCCGAGCACAAUGGCGUAGUGGGCGACGCUCGCUGCCCCCGCUGCCACUUGCGGCUCGCCCGGAGGGGGAAAGUAGACCGCGACCGGAUCCACCUCGCCCCUGAAGGGUACUACCCCCGCGCCUGCAACGCGCGCCCCCCCGAGCAUGGCGGCAACGCGGCGCGCGACAACUUUAAGAAGGACCUGGUGCAGCGAGCAGGGGCCAUCUACGCGACAGACGAAGCGGCCGCCGAGCUGAACGUCAAG